AUUUAUUUUGUAUUGUGAUUAAAUUUGGUGUUGUCGUGUUCGUGUUUCUUUGAAAAAAAUCUAUCUGUUGAGUUUCUCGUAUUAAUAUAAAUUUGUAAUGAUUUAAAAACCUAAAAGUAAAGGUUUUGUAAAAUGAAUACAAUGUAAUUUAGUUUGGUUCAUAUUGUGUUAACAGAGUCAGUGUUAAGUGAUCGUUCCAUUUGUAAUAUUAUGAAUUUGUCGGAAAAAUGAAGUGUUACUCUAACGUGGAAGCUUUAGAAGAAAAUUCAAUAACAAUUAAGAGAUAAUUUCUCUGUCAUAUGGACGAUGGAUGAUGAAGAAGCGGAUUUACGGGAGCAGAUAUUUCAUAACAAUGUCAGAGAGCAGAUUAUUUUCCUGCUACUCUUCAUUUUACUUUACCUCUUCUCAUUUAUGGUGAUUGAGAAGUUUAGACAGCGUGAUAGUGAGGACUGUCUUACAGCAGAUGAAGAUGAGGUGAAGGUUUACCGCAUAAGCCUGUGGCUGUGCACUUUUGCUCUAGCCGUAUCACUGGGAUCAGCACUAUUGCUGCCUGUGUCAAUAGUCAGUAAUGAAGUGCUGUUACUAUACCCGAAUAGUUAUUAUGUGAAGUGGCUUAACAGUUCAUUGAUACAAGGCCUAUGGAAUCAUGUGUUUCUAUUCUCAAAUCUGUCAAUGUUUGUAUUCCUGCCUUUUGCAUAUCUAUUUUCCGAGUCAUCCGGUUUCCCUGGAUGCAGGGGGCUAAGAGGACGAGUGUAUGAGACAUUUAUUGUCUUGGCUUUACUCGGUGUGGCCAUGUUAGGCCUGGCUUAUGUAAUCUCAGCAUGGUUGAAAGGAGACCGCUCCAGUAUUGAUGCUUUACUUAAUCUGUGGACAUAUUUACCUUUCCUGUAUUCGUGCGUGUCAUUCGUUGGUGUUCUGAUGCUGCUAGUGUUCACACCACUUGGAUUCGUCCGUUUGUUUGGUGUGGUGGGUGGUGUUCUGGUGAAACCACAAUUCCUGAGAGAUCUCAACGAGGAGUACUAUAUGUAUUCGUUUGAAGAGGAUACGAUAAAGCGGCGGAUAAAUAAUGCUGUUUCUACAGGUGUUGGGUACAUAACCCCCGAGCCCAUGUACCCUGACCGCGGGGAUAUUUCGUUUCCCGUGGACGCUGACACGUCCCUUUUAAAAGACGUGAGCGAUUCAGUACUGCAGGGCAAGGAGACACCUUUGCUGCGGUUGAGAAAUGGAGCGCUGCAGGCCGGACUUACGGACAGGUUGGCGAGGGUCGUCACUUUAAGAAAGGAGGUUGAGAGUCAAAGGAAGACGUCGUCCCUGCAACGCAACGUGGUGUACCCUCUGGCGAUGCUCCUGCUGCUAGCACUCACCACCAUCACGGUGCUAAUGGUGCUGCAGAAUAUUCUAGAACUGUUGAUUGGAAUUAAAGCGUUGCCACUUAGCACACGGCAAUUCUCCCUGGGCAUCGCAUCGCUAUCGAAGCUGGGGUGGGCAGGAGCGACCCUGGAAGCGGGGCUGAUCCUGUACCUGUCGGCGGCAUCGCUCACAGGGCUGAGUGCGCCCAUACGCGCUGCCAGAUUAUUGCCGCGCGCGCGCCGCACGCCUCUUGCGCGCAUCAUCGCACUCUGCGCGCUCCUACUCAUGCACUCCACCGCACAGCCGCUCCUCGUCAAGAUAUUAGGUAUAACAAAUUUCGAUUUACUGGGCGAGUUCGGCCGCAUCGAGUGGCUGGGCAGCUUCAAGUUGGUGGUGGUGUACAACGCCACGUUUGCCGCGACCGUCACGCUCUGUCUCGUCAGCAAGUUCACGGCUAGCGUCCGCCGCGAACUGUACAACAGAUUCAAGUGGAUAAUGGAUGUUUUCGUAAUUGAAGAUAAGACUCCAGUAAAUGUAUCACUCAUAGGCGGCAGAGCAUCAGUUGAGAAAAUACUUAAUGGUGAGAAGACAGAACACAAAGACAAGAUAGAGCAGCAUUUAAAAUCAGAAUAAGGUAGCAUCUAAAUAUCUCAAUGGUGACAUAAGACAAAUAUUGUGAUAAUGAUGUAUUAUGGUUAUGUAUAUUUGUAAGUGCCCAUUUUAAUUAAUAAUGAUGCCAUUUUUUAAAAGUGCCUUUGUGAAUGGCUACAUAUUACAUAUAAUAAAAUGUAUAUAAAGUAAU